AUGACUCCACUCGAUUCCUCUCGUUCUCGACGACUUCAGAUGCUUGGGACUGCCUCGCUAUCAGCGCUUCUCAUCGGUGGGCUUAUCCUCAUUCUGGUCGGUGUCAAUGCCCUCUCAAACUACGAUCCGAAAUCAAGUCGUGGCUAUGAUCGAAAUAUAACCCCUGCCUUUAUGAUGUCGAUGUAUAUGAAAUCAAUAGUCUCAGGCCAAGUCGCUUUCAAGAUUGGUAUCACAUGGAGUCUCCAAACAUGGAUUGCCAUUACAGGCGUUGCUUUUGGAUUGUUAUCAUUUGGCUUCGCAGAGACGUAUAUGCAUAUAUUUGAUCAUUGGUGCAGCCGACAAGCUCAACGUGGUAGUGGGCUCGACUAUGCUCGGUAUCUCAACUCUCAGGCCCGGGCGCCAGUACUCUACGGCCUUAGAGGAUUUCCAGCCUUUGUUACUCUGAGAUACAUCAUUAUCUCCAUGGGUGUCGCUACGUCCGUUGGCUACAAGUUCGCCUUUAUUACACCAGACGUUUGGGUUGCAGAAAACCUCCUUCGAGAUACUGUCCGCUUUCUACCUCAUCGAAUGUCAAUGAUAACAAAUGACACUUCUUUCUCUGAACCGGAGCCUUGGAUCUCCGACUUUCCGCUUGAGGACAUCAGUCGCUCGUUUUCGCAUAUCUAUCAGCGAGAGCGAUUGCGGCAAGGCAAGGUCGAAUAUGACGGUGGUGCGAAUACAACUCUCCCACCCAGCAUGUUGGUUAUGGCUGGCCAUGCCAGUUGCCUCCAUGGCAAUGCUUCUGAUCCUCCUUUUAGCCACAAAGAUUUUGGGCGCAUGGCCACUCGAGAACUGGCGUUAACAGCUAACAGUUCAAUCGCCGAAGGCACAUUCACCAUGACAGAAGAUAAGGGCGACUGGCAGAGGAUCGAGGUACCCAACAGCAGAUUUUUUUACCCUCCACAGAAGGCUAUCAUCGAAUAUCGUGUUCCCAAGUUUGCAGAGCUUCAAAUACAAUGGGCAAAGGCACCCAGCAAUUCUUCAGGCACAUGGGAAGUGCCCGUGGUUAAUCGCACCCGAUAUGUUAUGGACGCAGGCGUGUUUCUAGUCUAUAGAUACGUGGAAGCCCAGAACUGCAUGACUAUUGCGGGAAGGGGUGGUAGUGGCAUGCAUCGACGUGCUUUCAACAACGACACUUUCGAAAACUUUCUCCGAAAAAGGGGAGUGAUAACAAAGGAGGAAAUAGGACGAGACUAUGUUAAUAUCACCGAGAAGAUGCCUGAGUACAGUGUUUGGCUAGAAGCCCUUAUCAAGACCCAAGAUACCACACUUCUCACUGCCGUCAGUGCAAUUAUCAGAGUGGUCAUGGCCGCUUAUAAGAUGGAUCUGUUGCCGACGGGAUAUAUUGAGGAUGACGAUAUGCCAUUUGAGGAAGAGUUCGAAGUUUAUGGGGCCAAAUACACAGGAGAAAACAGGCUAACUUACGAGGGAACCCGAGUGGGCAGGUACUCGGGAUGUUAUAUCGCUGCCGCUGUUGUCUUUGUUAUUCUCGGCUGUUUUGCUAUCUUGGUUACGAUAUUCCGCGUGUGGCUUGGUCCACCUGUUCUGACUUCGUGGAUGGGACAACAUGCAUAUCUGGCUCGUACGGAAGCUAUUUCUCUGUCUCAGGAAGUGUCAGGUUUGGCUUCGGGGUACCAAGUGGCCAGGCGGGAUCUCGGAAGACUACGGUUGCCAAUCCAGAAGGGAGAGGAAACGGGUGCCAUGUUGAAACACGACAAUAGCACCGAUUCAGAGGGACGAUCGACGAAGGAACACGUGGACAGCGGUGAAGUCAAUGGAGUUAGACCACAUGGGGACAGCACAAGAUUGAUGGAGUAA